UGUCGUUUCGUUCGGUUGUCGUCAGUCCGCGGUACCGCAUCUCCGUAUCCGCAGUCGCAAUCGCUUUUGAAACCCGAACCGGAAUCGGUAACGGUAUCAGAAACAGAAUCGGUUUCGUUAGACGUGCGGACGUGGUCUUUCUUAUUUGCACUGGCCAAAUAGUUAAAAAUAGUAUUUUCGAUUGGCAUUAGUGGCGAAUGGUUGUUGUAAAUCAACUGCUGUGAGUGCUUUUAUUCGAUAUCCCAUAUCCCCCCCAUCCAUGCCAUUUAUGCACCUCCGCUGCCCACCGGAGGAGCUGCUGGUUUUGUGACGGCGUCUGUGUGUCUGCCGCGUGGUCCCCUAAUUUAGUUAUGUUGCAAAAACGGAGAACGGCAGAGGGAAACAUGAAAAUCCGUUGUUAUGUUGUCUCGCUGCUCUAUUUAUAAAUUGAUUUGCUGAUUCCUGCCGACAUCUGACGCUCCAUCCAGCAGCCAGACAUUGCCACGGGGUGCACAAAAGCCAAUCGCAAUUAAACGUAGCUCGAUUACGAAAGCAAACACACCAUGAGCCUGAAUAUACUGUAAUGCUACACAAUAUUUGUACGCAAUAAAUAAUUAAGUUUUCUUAAUUAAAAAGCUAAACAACGGUAACAAAAAGUGGCAUCAAAAUUCCAACAAAAUGGCAUACCACCUCGAAGCUAUUUCUUCGAUUCUGUAUGUGGGCCUUGGUUGCCUGAUUGCCUCCUCUGUGGCACUAAGUACAGAUACCGGGAGUGAAGGCAACGCCGGUAACGUCGGUGGUUCAACCCUAAAUAAUGUCAUCAGCGAAGAUCCCGAGUUUACGGAUGUGAUCGAAAAUAUUACUGUUCCCGCGGGGCGUAAUGUUAAACUAGCUUGUUCAGUCAAGAACCUGGGAUCCUAUAAGGUCGCGUGGAUGCACUUCGAGCAGUCGGCCAUUCUCACAGUUCACAACCACGUGAUAACGCGUAAUCCGAGGAUUAGUGUCACCCACGAUAAGCAUGACAAGCACCGCACCUGGUUCCUGCAUAUCAACAAUGUCCAGGAGGAGGACAGGGGCCGGUACAUGUGCCAAAUCAAUACGGUAACGGCCAAGACCCAGUACGGAUUUGUCAAAGUAGUGGUGCCGCCCAAUAUAGACGACGCCCUGACCUCCAGUGACAUCAUCGUGCGCGAGGGCGAUAACGUUACGCUGCGCUGCAAGGCGAAAGGUAGUCCGGAACCGACCAUCAAAUGGAAACGCGAUGACGGCAACAAAAUCGUUGUCAACAAGACGCUCGAGGUGCACGACUUGGAGACGGACUCCCUGGAGCUGGAGCGGAUUUCGCGACUGCACAUGGGCGCCUACCUGUGCAUCGCCUCGAAUGGAGUGCCGCCAAGUGUGUCCAAGCGGAUCAAAGUCAGCGUGGACUUUUCGCCGAUGGUCUGGAUACCGCAUCAGUUGGUGGGCAUUCCCAUUGGAUUCAACAUCACCCUGGAGUGCUUCAUCGAGGCGAAUCCGACCUCACUUAACUAUUGGACGCGCGAAAACGAUCAAAUGAUCACUGAGUCAUCGAAGUACAAAACCGAAACCAUUCCCGGCCAUCCGUCGUACAAGGCGACCAUGCGGCUCACGAUUACCAACGUUCAGAGCAGCGAUUACGGCAACUACAAGUGCGUCGCCAAAAAUCCUCGGGGCGACAUGGACGGCAACAUAAAGCUGUACAUGUCGAGUCCGCCGACAACACAACCGCCGCCCACAACCACAACGCUGCGGCGGACGACAACAACCGCGGCGGAAAUCGCACUGGACGGCUACAUCAACACGCCCCUGAAUGGCAAUGGCAUUGGCAUUGUGGGCGAAGGACCCACAAAUUCGGUGAUUGCGUCCGGCAAAUCGAGCAUUAAAUACCUAUCGAAUCUGAACGAGAUCGACAAGUCGAAGCAGAAGCUGACGGGCAGCAGCCCCAAGGGAUUCGACUGGUCCAAGGGCAAGAGCAGCGGGAGUCAUGGCAACCUAGUGGCGUCCAGUUGGUCCCUCAUCUGCUGCAUCCUCGCGCUGCUGGCGACACACUCGUGUGGUUGAGAACUAUGUGCGAUUCCAUUUUAAUAAAGUGCCAUUACAAACAGUCGAAA